AUGGGAGACAUAACAAAGACCAUCAACGACAUGAAAAUUUCAUGGACCUCUCUGAUGCCUUCCUUCCUGCGGACCAUCAAGCCCGAGGCCGUGCCGACCCUCAAAUCGGUGAUUGUGGGCGGCGAGAGUAUGCCUCUGGAUGUCUUAAACUUCUGGAGAUGCGGAGGAAGGCAGCUCAUCCAACCCCGUGCCCGCCUUAGGACCGGCGCACGAGGCCAACAUCGGGCGACCCUUGGCUUCGCGAGCUUGGGUGUCAACUCAGCCGAUUGUAACAGGCUCGUUCCUGUCGGAGCCGUUGGCGAACUCCUUGUCGAAGGGCCCAUCCUCGCGCGAGGCUACUUAGAUGAAGCCGACAAGACUGCUGCGGCGUUCAUCGAGAACCCGGUGUGGGCAGACAAGCACUUUGCGCACCAUGCGCCUGGCGGAGUCGGUUCCAGGCGGUUUUACAUGACUGGAGAUCUCGUCCGGCUCGUCCCCGAUGGAAACAUUGUCUUCGUCGGACGUAAGGGAAACCAGGUGAAGCUCAGGGGCCACAGAGUGGAACUCGGCGACAUCGAAAACCAAGCCUAG